AGCGAUCAUUUUGUACUUUCUUGGACCUUAACUAGACUUUUAAGUGACAAGUUCUUUGAUAUGUCUGGUGUCGAAUGGGCAGAUCUUAAACACAAUAAAGAAUUGGUUCAUGAUUUUUUCAACAAUGGUGAACUUAUUUCUGAACAAAUUGAUGAAUGUUUAGCUAAAGAUGACCUAUCUUGA